AUGGGUCCCGUGAAGACCGCAAAUUUACCCAUUAUUCCCUUGGCGAAAGGAACCGUUCUACUCCCUGGAAUAGUCCUUCGCAUUCCAGUAUCUGGUCAACGAACAGAUAUUCCAGCUUUGCUCUCUGGAGUUUAUAGCAGAGCAGCCUCAACUACACCGAGUCAGCGAUUGGAUAAUGUCAAUAUUGCCUGCGUUCCUUUGAACUCGCCAUUCCUCACUCAAGAUGGACAGAAGAUGAUUACUGGAGAUGAGCAAACUCCACAACCCAGAGAACGAUUAGAUAUCAAGCCAUCGAGAGCUUCGAAGGAUCAUCUGUUUGGAUAUGGAGUGGCUGCUAAAAUAUCGGGGGUUGAAGGCACGACUGGUCGUUCCGGGGAAUUCGCCUUGUUGGUUGAGGGUGUAGCCAGGAUCAAGGUGGAUAGGAUAACACAAGAAAAGCCAUUCCUUGAAGGAGAAGUUACGUAUUUAUAUGAUGAAGAUGUGCCUACUGAAGAUGUAGCCGUCCAAGGACUUUUCGCACAUCUUAAACAACUAUCACGAGAACUUUUGACCCUUUUGCGACUUUCAUCCCUCCUACCUCGCACAUCCGCUGGGCUUUCCCCAGUACUUGCACGCCGCCUCGAAGUAUAUAUAGCAAAGAAAGAUGUAUCAGAGGCCGGAAUACUGGCAGAUUUCAUGGCUAAUGUGGUUGAGGCAUCGUUGGAGGAAAAGUUACUGGUUUUAGCAGCGCUCUCAACUAAGGAUCGCCUUGAACGAGCAAUUCUUCUACUUCAACGUCAAGUCAGCACUAUCAAAAAUAACGUCAAAAUAACAACAGUCACAACCUCCAACAUCCCCGCAAACAUAGAUAUCGAGCAAUUCAAUAAAGUAAAUGGACAUCGCAUGCGAAGAUCAUCAAUGUCGGGCGCGCCACUGCCUCCCAGUACGGCAGGUAAUGGUGGGUCUCAGGAUGAUGAUCAAGAACCAGACGAAAUGGAGGAGCUUAAGAAAAAGAUUGAUAGCGCAAAGAUGACCCCUGAAGCAGCCAAAGUCGCCGACCGAGAACUGAAGAGAUUGAAGAAAAUGGCACCAGCUCAGGCAGAGUAUCAAGUCUGUCGAAAUUAUCUGGAGAAUUUGAUUGAGAUACCGUGGUCUGAGAUGACUGAAGAUCAACUUGGCGUCGAUACAUUAUCAAGGGCCCGUAAACAACUCAAUGAUGAUCAUUAUGGGCUGGAAAAGGUCAAGAAGAGAUUACUUGAGUAUUUGGCGGUUCUCAAACUCAAACAAAGUAUCAAUGAUGAUGUUAAUUCACAACUUGCCAAAGUAGACGAAGAAAAUUCAACUGCUAAGGUUGAAAUUCUUAAAAGCAAGAGGACAAUCGACAAAUCACCAAUUCUGCUCCUUGUUGGCCCUCCUGGUGUAGGCAAGACUAGUCUAGCAAAGUCAAUUGCUACUGCGUUGGGACGAAAAUUCCAUCGGAUUUCUCUCGGCGGCGUCAGGGACGAGGCGGAAAUUCGAGGUCACCGCAGAACAUACGUGGCAGCAAUGCCCGGCUUGAUAGUGAAUGGCCUGAAAAAGGUCGGUGUGGCAAAUCCUGUCUUCCUACUUGAUGAGAUUGACAAGGUUGGCACGUCUAACUUUCAUGGCGACCCAUCGGCUGCCAUGCUUGAGGUUCUAGACCCAGAACAAAAUCAUACAUUCACGGAUCACUAUGUCAACAUACCAAUCGAUCUUAGCAAAGUUCUUUUUAUUGCCACCGCGAACAGUUUAGAUACCAUCCCGCCACCAUUACUUGAUCGUAUGGAAACUAUUAGCUUGUCAGGAUACACGACACUUGAGAAAAGACAUAUCGCCUCGCAGCAUCUAAUCCCAAAGCAGAUUCGCACUAAUGGGCUCGGAGAUGGACAAGUCGAGUUCACCCAGGAUGUUGUGUCCAAGAUCAUCGAAUCCUACACUCGCGAAUCAGGUGUCCGUAACCUUGAGCGAGAGAUUGGAUCCGUAUGUCGUGCCAAGGCGGUAGAAUAUGCGGAGGCGAAGGACUCGGGACAUACGGGUAGAGGCUCUUUCCGCAUGAUCCUUAGCCAGCGAAUACUGACCAGUUCUACAGAAAACUACAACCCAAAGCUUUCGGUGGAAGAUAUCGAGGAAAUCCUGGGUAUUGAGAAAUUUGAUGAAGAAAUUGCCGAAAAGACAAGUCGUCCAGGGAUAGUCACAGGUCUCGUGGCCUAUAGUUCUGGUGGGAACGGCAGUAUUCUUUUCAUCGAAGUGGCCGAUAUGCCAGGGAGCGGUAGCGUGCAGCUAACAGGGAAAUUGGGCGAUGUACUAAAAGAGAGUGUCGAGGUAGCACUAAGCUGGGUGAAAGCUCAUGCGUACGAGCUGGGUCUGACGCAUGACCCAUCGGAGAACAUCAUGAAGAAGAGGAGUAUUCAUGUGCACUGUCCUUCAGGGGCUAUUCCAAAGGAUGGCCCAUCUGCCGGUAUGGCACACACUAUUGCACUUAUUUCGUUGUUUUCCGGCAAGGCUGUGCCCCCAACUAUGGCAAUGACGGGUGAGAUCUCGUUACGUGGACGUGUUACUGCCGUAGGAGGUAUCAAGGAGAAGCUCAUUGGAGCUCUCCGUGCCGGUGUCAAGACUGUAUUAUUACCAGCACACAAUAGAAAGGAUAUCAAAGACGUUCCGCAAGAAGUCAAGGAUGGUCUAGAGAUCAUCCACGUCAGACACAUCUGGGAAGCAAUGCGAUACGUCUGGCCUGAAGCACAUUGGCCGGGAGAGGAGAAUUUCGCGGGUAUUGAAAGUCGUUUGUGA